GGUACUUUUAACUUAUAAAACUGAACUUCCGCCGUUGCUAGGCUCCCCCUGAAUCAGCCGUUUGUUUGGCUUUCAGGGCAGCGUUGAAGCAGUCGUGAGGAGAAACUAAAGCAGCAGCGUUGGAAAGUCUGACUGUUUACCUCAAAAUGCCCUUGUUUGGCAACAUUUUCAGUCCCAAAAAAACACCACCACGGAAGUCUGCAUCCCUUUCCAAUCUACAUACACUGGAUCGGUCAACACGGGAGAUUGAGUUAGGUCUGGAAUAUGGAUCUCCGGUGAUGAAUAUUGGCGGCCAGAGCUUGAAAUUUGAAGAUGGCCAAUGGAUUUCAGAGUCAGGAGGUAAUGUAUCAGGAAAAGAGGUACAGCGACUGAAGAAAAGGAAUCUACAGUUAGAAGAGGAGAAUAAUCUCCUUAGGCUAAAGAUCGAGGUUCUUCUUGAUAUGCUUUCAGAGUCAACAGCAGAAACACAUCUAAUACAGAAGGAACUUGAAGAUGUGAGGACUAAUGCUCGGAGAAAGAAGUGAUGAAAGGAAAUAAAGGGGAUUCAGUCAACUAUUGCAAGACAAUAUUUAAAUAUCACUUACAUAUUACGCAAUUGAUUUUUUUUAUUCUUUAUAUCACUUUGUAUAUUUCUUUUUUUUUUUUUUUACAUUUUUACUGUUUCAUUGCCAAUUAUGUGGGGAAAAAAUAGGUUAAUUUUUGUUUAGUUUUUUUAAUUAAUAAUUUCAGGUAGUCUAAUUUUUGCAUUUUCUGUUUAUUUAUUUUGCAUUAAAAUAACUGCAUGGGAAAUACACUCAAAACUAAAAAAAAAGAAAAAAACUGAAUUCAACAGUGUUUUCAGAUUACAUAAAAUCAGCUGAAGCUCAUUUAUAAUGUGUUUAGAAUACAAUAACUUGUCUUAUAGCCAGUUAUACCAAAUCCUCAUUCCUUUGGCCCCAGUAAGUGCUCUUACAUGACAGUCCCAAAACCUUUCUGCAUGUGUAGGUCUGAAUGUGCAUUCAAGUAACAGAAAACAAUUACACUCUUUCUUUGGUUCAACAGUAAGAUUAUCCAAGAGCUGUAAAGGUUUAAACAUGUACAUGCUGAUUUAAGAGGAUUUUCAUAUGGAGUGUGAGGCACGUAUUACACGCCUAAAGUAGAAAAUUCCAGAUCUGGCUUUUUUCUUCUUCUUCUUCUUCUUUUUUAAUAAUAAUAAACCAAAUACAUUUUGAAUUAUAAUAAUUGUACCAAUUUUAUGGCAAAGUUUUUCUACUAUGUAAUUUGACCUUUCAAAAGUGGACCUGUCAAACUGUUAAACUCCAGAUUUCCGAAACAAUAAAAGAACACUUGUUAUUGUAUCACAUUUGGUUUUCAAUACAGAUCCAAACCUCUCG